CGCAGCGGCUUCCUCCUAGCCUGGCGCGCGAUAAUUUGAAGACGCUCACGGAGCGGCUGGCUAGGCUGAGGAGAGCUCGCUGGGCUCUGAGGCGCAGGAAUUCAAUAAAGAAAAUGGCAGCUCUUACUCCAAGGAAGAGGAAGCAGGAUUCUUUGAACUGUGACAGCGUUUUACACUUCACUGAAAAUCUGUUUCCAUCACCUAAUAAAAAGCACUGUUUUUAUCAAAACAGUGAUAAAAAUGAAGAAAACCUGCAUUGCUCUCAACAAGGGCAUUUUGUUUUAAGUGCGCUCAAAACAACUGAAGUAAAUAGACUGCCAUCAGCAAAUCAAGGCUCACCAUUUAAAUCUGCGGUGUCCACUGUAUCUUUUUACAACCAAAAUAAGUGGUACCUCACUCCACUGGAGAGAAAGCUGAUAAAAGAGAGUAGAUCUACUUGUCUAAAAACUAGUGGUGAAGAUAAAUCUUUUCCCAUUGUGACAGAAAAAAUGCAAGGAAAACCAGUCUGCUCCAAGAAGAACAACAAAAAACCACAGAAGAGUCUAAGUGCUAAGUAUCAACCAAAGUAUAGACACAUCAAGCCUGUAUCAAGGAAUUCUAGAAAUUCCAAGCAAAAUCGAGUGAUCUAUAAGCCAAUUGUGGAGAAAGAAAAUAAUUGUCAUUCAGCUGAAAAUAAUCCCAAUGCUCCUCGGGUUCUAAGCCAAAAAAUAAAACCACAAGUUACACUCCAGGGUGGAGCAGCAUUUUUUGUUAGAAAAAAAUCUCUUAGAAAAUGGUCCCUGGAAAAUGAGCCGUCACUGGGACACACCCAAAAGAAUAAAUCAGAAGGGAUUGAAGAUUCUGAUAUAGAGACUGUCAGUGAAAAAAAAACUUUUGCGACAAGGCAAGUGCCAAAGUGCUUGGUCCCAGAAGAGAAAUUGAAAAGCGGACUACUGAGUGCAAGCAGUAAAAAUAAAGAGAAAUUAACAAAGGAUUCAUCAGAUGACAGAGUUUCUUCCAAGGAACAUAAAGUUGAUAAAAAUGAGGCUUUUCCUUCAGAGGAUUCUCUUGGUGAGAAUAAGACAAUUUCUCCUAAGUCCACUGUCUAUCCAAUCUUCAGUGCAUCUUCAGUCAAUUCAAAAAGAUCUUUAGGUGAAGAACAGUUUUCUGUGGGAUUUAUCAACUUCAUGAAACAGACCAAUAUCCAGAAAAAUACUAAUACCAGAGAUACAAGUAAAAAAACAAAAGAUCAGCUCAUCAUCGACGCUGGACAGAAACAUUUUGGGGCUACUGUGUGCAAGUCUUGUGGUAUGAUAUAUACUGCUUCCAACCCUGAAGAUGAAAUGCAGCAUGUACAGCAUCACCACAGGUUUCUGGAAGGAAUCAAAUAUGUGGGUUGGAAGAAAGAACGUGUAGUAGCAGAGUUUUGGGAUGGGAAAAUCGUGUUGGUUCUGCCACAUGAUCCAAGCUUUGCUAUCAAAAAGGUAGAAGAUGUCCAAGAACUUGUUGAUAAUGAAUUGGGCUUCCAGCAAGUUGUUCCUAGAUGUCCAAACAAAAUAAAAACUUUUCUUUUUAUAUCUGAUGAAAAGAGAGUAGUUGGGUGUUUAAUUGCAGAACCCAUCAAACAGGCGUUUCGUGUCCUGUCUGAACCAACUGGUCCGGAAUCCCCAAGCUCUACAGAAUGUCCUAGGGCUUGGCAAUGUUCGGAUGUACCAGAACCUGCAGUCUGUGGGAUAAGUAGAAUCUGGGUUUUCAGACUGAAGAGAAGAAAGCGCAUUGCAAGACGACUGGUUGAUACCCUCAGGAAUUGCUUCAUGUUUGGCUGUUUUCUCAGCACUGAUGAAAUAGCAUUUUCUGACCCAACACCAGAUGAUUGUAGAAGAUUAAAUAGGUACCAGGAGACAUGAAAGAAUCAUCUUCAACAUUUCUCAAGCAGCUGCUGAUUAUCUCCUUUUAUGGAGGCAUAACAAGCUCCUGGAGGCUUCUACAGAUUCCAAAGGGAAAGAUUUUCUGGGAGGUUGGUAAAUAUUCAAGAAGCUGGUCAGUUGGCAGGUAUGUAGAGAAACAGCAAUUCUCUUACAAAUUAGUAGGAAUAUAGAAUGUGGAUGUUGAGAUUACAGACUCUGGAGCCAGACUGCCUCGCUUGGGUUGGUUCAAAGACAUGUGCAAACUGCGUGACCUUGAGCAGAUCACUUCUAGACCUGAAUUUCUUCAUUUUGUGAACAAUAUUAGGCUGAGAGAAGUACCAUUUCUAUGCUUCCAUGAUUUGCUAUGUCAAAGAAAAGGGAAAGGGACCAAUCACACAUAGGCUCUUUUUUUUAAAGCCCAAGAAAGAAAUAGGUCCACUCACAUUUCCAUUUAAACUUGAGUCAACUUGUCAAUUUCAAUGAAAAAGCCAGCUAAAAUUCUCAUUAGAAUUGGACUAAAUCUCUGGAUCAAUUUGGUAAGCAGUAACAUCUUAACAGUAUUUAGUCUUCCAAACCACAGUCAUAUAUUUCUCCACUUAGUUAUAUCUUACUGAAUUUUCUCAGUGAUGCUUUAUAGUAUUCAUUACAGAGGAUUUAGACUUUUUUGAUUAGAUUUAUUCUGAAAUAUUUUGGGUUUUGGUACUUGUAAAUAGAUUUUAAACAAUUCCAUUUUCAAUUAUGUACUGCUAAUACACAGAAAUGUAAUCACUAACUUCACUAUAGCUGUUUUAUAGAUUCCUUGGGAUUUUCUACCUAAACAACAUAUCAACUGCAAACAGGGACAGUUUUGUCUCCUUUCCAAUUUUGCCUUCUCCAUUUUCUUGACUUAUUUUAGUGGCUAGGGCUAUAGGACUGCUAAAUAAAACUGGCAAGAGCAGGCAUCCUGGCCUUGUUCCCUACUUCAGUAUGAUACCUGCAGGUUUUUCUUGUAGACGGCCUUUCUCAAGCUAAGAUCCCUUCUAUUUCUAGUUAGCUGAGAGGUUAAUCUUUUUUUAAAUCAAAAAUGGAUGUUGGAUUUUGUCAAACACUUUUUCUGCAUCUAUUGAGAUGAUAUGUAGUUUUCAAAUUUGAUUAAAGACUUAAAUGUUGGACCUAAAACCAUAAAAACCCUAGAAAACCUAGGCAAUACCAUUCAGGACAUAGGCAUGGGCAAGGACUUCAUGAUUAAAACACCAAAAGCAAUGGCAGCAAAAGCCAAAACAGACAAAUGGGAUCUAAUUAAAGAGCUUCUGCACAGCAAAAGAAACUACCAUCAGAGUGAACAGGCAACCUACAGAAUGGGAGAACAUUUUUGCAAUCUGCCUAUCUGACAAAGGGCUAAUAUCCAGAAUCUACAAAGAACUCAAACAAAUUUACAAGAAAAAAAAACCCAUCAAAAAGCAGGCAAAGGAUAUGAACAGACACUUCUCAAAAGAAGACAUUUAUGCAGCCAACAGAUAGACACAUGAAAAAAUGCUCAUCACUGGUCUUCAGAGAAAUGCAAAUCAAAACCACAAUGAGAUACCAUCUCAUGCCAGUUAGAAUGGCAAUCAUUAAAAAGUCAGGAAACAACAGAUGCUGGAGAGGAUGUGGAGAAAUAGGAAUGCUUUUACACUGUUGGUGGGACUGUAAACUAAUUCAACCAUUGUGGAAGACAGUGUGGCGAUCUCUCAAGGAUCUAUAACUAGAAAUACAAUUUGACCCACCACGGAAUACUAUGCAGCCAUAAAAAAGGAUGAGUUCAUAUCCUUUGCAGGGACAUGGAUGCAGCUGGAAACCAUCAUUCUCAGCAAACUAUCACAAGGACAGAAAACCAAACACCACAUGUCCUCACUCAUAGGUGGGAACUGAACAGUGUGAACACUUGGACACACCGUGGGGAACAUCACACCCUGGGGCCUGUUGUGGGGUGGUGGGGAGGGAUAGCAUUAGGAGAAAUACCUAACGUAAAUGACUAGUUAAUGGGUACAGCAAACCAACAUGGCACAUGUAUACCUAUGUAACAAACCUGCACAUUGUGCACAUGUACCCUAGAACUUAAAAAAUUUUGUUAAUAUGGUGAAUUUUAUUGACUCCUCCCCCCAGCUUUGAGGUAUAAUUAACAAAAAUUAUAUACGUUUAGGGUAUACAACUUGAUGUUUGAUAUACGUAAACACUGUGAUCUCAUUGCCACAAUCAAGCUAAUUAACAUAUCUAUCACCUCAUAUAGUUACCAUUUUUUUGUGUGUGUGAGAAUACUCAAGAUCUACUCUCAGCAAAUCUCAAGUGUACAGUAUUGUUAACAAAGGGCAGGAAGCUUCCAUUAUGCAGGAUGAGUAAGUUCUGGUGACCUAACGUACAGCAUAGUGAGGACAUUGAUUCUUGAAUGUUACAACUUUUCCUUCCCAGAAUAAGUCCUAGUUGGUCAAGAUGUAGUGUUCUCAUGUAGUAUUAGACUGAAUUGGCUAAUUUUUGUUAAGGAUUUUGAUAUCUGUGUUUGUGAAGGAUAUUGGUCUAUGAUUUUUUUUUUCUUAAUAUCAGUUUAUUUUUCUGGGUACACAGCAGGUGUACAUGUUUGUGUUAAUGUGAUAUUUUGAUGCAGGCAUGCAGUGCAUAAUAAUCACAUCAGGACUGUAGUGUGUCCAGUUUUGAUAUUAGAGUUACGCUGACCUCAAAAACAGACUGGGCAGAGGUUCCUAUUCCUCUAUUUUCUGAAAAAGUUCGUGUAAAAUCCGUAUCAUUUCUUCCUUGGAUAUUUGAUAGAAAUCAACAGUAAAACAUCUGAGUCUUGAGUUUUCUUUGUGGGAAUGUUUCUUAGUAGAUGUAGGGCUGUGGAUUUCCUAUUUCUUCCUAUAUUGAUCUUGGUAAAUUGUAUUUUGCAAAGAAAUUGUCCUUUUCAUCUAAGUUGUCAAAUUCGUUGCCAUAAAGCCGUUUGUAAUAGCCUAAUUAUUCUUGAAAUGUGUGUAGAAUUUACAGUAACCCUUUUCUCAUUCCUGUUAUUGGUGACUUGUGUUCUCUUUUUUCUUGAUCAGUCUAGAUAAAGCUUUAUACAUUUCAUUAUCUUUUCAAAUAACCAGCUUUUGGCUUUGUUAAUAUUUUAUAGUAUUUGUUUUUUAUUUCAUUGAUUUCUGCUCAUAGCUUUAUUUCCUUCCUUUGGAUUUGCUCUGCUUUUCUUUUUCUAGAUUAAAUCAAUGAACAUAGGUCACUGAUUUAGAACUUUCCUUUUUUCCAAUAUAAUUUACAACUAUAGAUUUCCCUCUGAGCCCUGCUUUAACUAUUGCUUGCACAUUUUGAUAUGCUGUAUUUUCCUUAAUUAUUCAAAACAUUUUCUAAUUUCCCUUGUCAUUUUCUUUGACCCAUAGGUUAUUUAAAUUUGUGUUACUGAAUUUCCAAAUACUUGGGGUUUCCUUAGAUAUAUUGUUAGUGAUUUCUAACUUAAUUCCAUUGUUGCCAACAAAUAUACUCUGUGAUUCCUCCCAUAGUGUUAUACAAACCUUUACUUCUGCUAUAACUAGGAUAAACUCAAACUCUUACAAACAGAAUACUCACUAGGCAGUGUUAGAGUAUAUUAUACUAAAAAAUGAAAAUUUUCAGUAUUUGAUUACUAUAAUCUGCAUUUCCUCACAAAUAAGGUUAGAGUGAAAACAAUAUAAUUUUGAAACAAUAGAAGACACAGCGGGGCUGUUUACUGAAAGAAAUUUCUCCAGAACUGAAGGAAAGUUCUGCCUUGAGAGUCUCAAGAAAUUUACAAGGAAAAGAGGAGGAAACUAACAGGGCUAAAAGAAGGAAAAGUGAGAAUCCAUAAGCCAGGAAAUUGAAGAUUCCAGUUAACAAGCACUCAUUUAUUCCGUUAACAUUUUGGGAGGUAUGCCUGAUAAAUGAGCAGACUCUGAUAAGUGAGAACAAAAAUACCAGACUAGGAGGGUACCCAGUACCAGCAGGCAAGAAGGAAAAAUGAGUGGUGUCUCUAUGGUAGCCUUUGUACUUAGUUCUGCUUUGGGCAUUACAGUUUAGAAGGUAGCCAUGGACAUUAUAAGCUCCUUAAAGGUUUUCCCCUAUACCGUACCUUAUAUCUUAGAGGUACUUCAUGGAAUUCAUGACAAGAGAAAAGCCUAUAGACAUGGCCCACAUGGGCAGUGACGCUGUGGCAAUAAGGAAGGAUACUUACACCAUUCAGUAUAUACACUUAUAUGUUUGUGUACACAUACAUUCUAAGUAGGUCAGAUUCCUACAAGGAUCCAUCAGGCUAAAAAGUAGUUUUCUAGAACACUGGGUCUAAAAUAACGGCUCCAAUUUGAGACUAGAACCACAAGUGCAUUUCCUGUAUGUAUGUUUACAUUUCUCCAAGUCUGUAAACAUAAUAGCAUGUGACAUAGUGAAUUUAACAUAGUAUUUAAACAUAAUGGAUUGGGCGCCCCCCGCCACCAUGUUACUGAUUGGGUUUGCUCCCUGAGAAGAUGGAUUGUUCUGACAACAAAAGUUUGAUGAGAUCAUAAACUAAUGGUUCAGUCAUUCCUUUUGGUUGAUACAGAAACAGUUUAUACUUUAUUUCCCUUUACUACAUUCAAAGAGUUUAAGCAGACAUGCUUUAGUUACUAUCCCAAACUGAAAAAUGAUGAAACUGGAGCUCCUACUUAUCCUUCAAUUCUCAGCUUAUUAAACAUCAUUUAGCAAGGCCUUUCUCAACAUCUAGACUAGGUUAAGGGCCACUGCUGUGUUUAUAAUUCCUUGUUUCAUAACUGUCAUCUUGGCUCAUUAUUACUCAAGAGCUGCUUUCCAUCCUAGAUUAGGAGCUGCAACAGGGUAAGGACUGUCUAUCUCAUGUACUCUAUAUUCAUGGUGCCUGACAUGUACAUAGUAUUAAUAUUUGUAAAUUUAUCUUGAGAUAAACACUUAAGAUUUUGGCUUUUCAUCAAAUACUAUAUAUAUAUAUAUAAAUUAUUUUUUGAGACGGAGUCUCUCUGUCGCCCAGGCUGGAGUACAGUGGCUUGAUCUCAGCUCACUGCAAGCUCCGCCUCCUGGGUUCACACCAUUCCCCUGCCUCAGCCUCCUGAGUAGCUGAGACUACGGGCGCCCGCCACCAUGCCUGGCUAAUUUUUUGUAUUUUUAGUAGAGACGGGGUUUCACUGUGUUAGCCAGGUUGGUCUCAAUCUCCUGACCUCGUGAUUCGCCCGCCUCAGCCUCCCAAAGUGCUGGGAUUACAGGCAUGAGCCACCACACCCGGCCAGAAUA